AUGAGCGAUCGAGCGGCUAGCGCAGCCGAGCUGAGGGCCGAUUUGGCGGUUGACAAAAAGGACAAGAACCAUAAAACAAAGCGGGCUGCACUCCGAAAAGUCAUUGUGAACAUGACGAUCAAUAAUACGGAUAUGAUCAACCUGUUCAAUGAGAUCGUGCGGUGUAUGGCUGUGGAUGAUCUAGAAAUCAAGAAAAUGUGCUUCUUGUACCUUGAAACCUACGCCAAAUCACGCCCUGUUUUAGCAAGCAACGCUCUAGAUAUUCUAGAGAACGAUUUUGACAGUUCUUCGCCGUUGGUCAGGGCCCUGGCUUUGAGAACGGUAUCCUCGGUACCACUGAAGCCGUUUGCUGAGCUCACGUGUAAAAGAUCGCUAGCAAUGCUCAAAGACCAAGACGCAUACGUGCGUAAGACUGCUGUAUUUGCUGUCGCCAAAGCCUGGUCUGCCGACCCCAAGGGGCCGAUGUCCAAUGAGCUCUUGAAGAGUCUCAAUCACAUGUUGGUAGACCAGAAUCCCUCGGUCGUAGCUGCGGCAGUUGCUGCUCUGAAUGAGCUCACUUCCCACCACAAGAGUAUUGUCCUGACUAUUGAUGAGUUUACGGUGUUCCAAUUCGCCAAAAUUCUGCCCGACUGCAACGAGUGGUCUCAAGUUUAUUUGCUGAAUGCUAUCAUGGAGUAUGUCCCACAAUCAAGUAUAAAGGCGAUUAGACUGAUAAAGAUGAUCAUGCCCCGACUAAAGCAUGCCAAUGCUGCUGUUAUUACCGCUGCUAUGCGUACAUUGCUGUUUCUAAGUAAUUACGCGGCGGAUCUCGAAACAGAAGUCCCGCGGUUUGGCGAGUCAAUCGAUCAGGCAAUUCUGCUGCUGCUAGCCAAACCUGCUGAAAUCCAGUACGUUAUGCUCAGAAAUUGUAUCAUGCUAUUACAACAUCGGCCCGAUCUCGUCCAUCUCGACACUAGUCCGUUUGUGAUCAAAUCGGCCGAUCCAGUGUACAUCAAGAUCUCGAAAAUCGAGGUUUUGCUGCUGCUUUCAAGUCCGAAGAAUUAUAGUGAUGUCAUCUUUGAGCUUGAAACUUGUAUCGGACAAGAAGAUGAGACCACGUCGCGAAGAGCCAUCAAAACAAUCGGUCGUCUUGCCACUACAAUCCCCGAGGCCGCAGACUCCUGUGUCCGAGUGAUCAUGCGUAAUUCAAUGAAAGGCACGGACUACAAUGCCCAGGAGGGUAUUGUCGCUAUGCUACAAAUUCUGCGCAGAUAUCCUGACAAGUUUAUCCAUGUUGUGGACGAUAUUGUUAGCUUGAAAGACACGAUUUGGUCCGAUGUCAAGGCCAGAACUGUGUUCAUUUGGCUGUGUGGCCAAUAUCCUAGCAUCGUUCAAGAUGCACCAGCGAUAUUGUCGGAAGAAUGUAAAAGUGCGUUCGCCAGUGCAUCAUCCUCAGAUUUGCAGCUCACUCUGCUAACUGCUGCUAUUAAACUAUUCCUUGCGUAUCCCGUCAGGGCUAAAAUGUUGGUUCCGCGCAUUUUUGAAAUCGCUACGACCGUAGAUACCAGCCCGGAUGUUCGGGAUCGGGCAUUCAUGUACUGGCGGCUUUUGUCCGCUGAUGCAGGCAAAACCCGUGACAUCGUUACCACUCAUCUUCCAGCAAUUACAUGUGAAAAUAUUGUCAUCGACGAGGCAUGCCUGGAGGAGCUAGAACUACGUUUGGGCCAUCUAAGCACCGUCUACCUCAAACCUGCUGCAUCUCUUUUCCGCAUCGCCAAACCUAUGAAACUUGAGCAGUCACCAGCAUUGUUACCCCGUCUAAAGACAACCAAUCUCCGCAAAAAUGCACCGCCUCCAACGCCUACUCGCCCGCAGAACCAAAUGUCUCGACAACAUUCAAUGAUGUUUGCUCACCCACCCAGACCGUCACUGGGUGGUCCAACAACAUCUUUUGGACACAAUCAACCCAUGGACAGCCCCGCGUUAGAAAGUUUGAACGAGUUCGAAAAUGACAAGCUCAUAGAUAUUUAA